AUGGAUCACUUGCUCCACCUUGACACAGACGUCGUCUGUCUCUUGGCCAAACUCGAUUCCUAUGACUACAUCAUUGUAGGAAGUGGGUUUGGUGGAGGCCCAUUGGCUGAAGACCUUGCUUCCAAGAAGAAAAAGGUACUUCUCAUUGAACGUGGAGGUGUCAUAUUCUCUACCCACGUUCUCAACACUUCUCGUCCCUAUUACAAUCGUGGCGCCAGCAACUCGCCAGAGGGCAAUGAGCGUGUCUACGACGCCGUCAAAGCCAAGGUUCAGCUGACUGAUCAAUCCGACAGCUAUGUCGGUGGACCAGUCUAUUGUAUUGGCGGCCGCACCAACCUCUGGGGCACAUGGGUUCCAGAGAUCGGCGACGAGACUCUCAAUGCUUACUUUCCUACCGAGAUUGUUCAACAUCUCAAGGGCGGAGGUUACAAAGAGAGUUAUCAAUAUUUGACAGACGAUGAUCCUAGGGAUGGUAUCUAUCCCGAGGGCGAUGGUGCUCAUGAAGUCAGCACUGAAGACAUCGGUCUUGCCACUCAGAUGCUCAACAAGGCUUUGACAGGGGCACAGUUUGGCAUCAUGCCUAUUGCGGCGCAGUUCAACUCCCCCGCGCCGUACAAGUUUGCCCAAGGUGCUUAUAGCACCACAUUAUCGAUCAUGAAUCGAAUGUAUGCCAAUGAUCCUUAUCUGUCCGUUCUCGUCAACACAGAGGUCAUUGCUGUCCAGUACAAGGACACUGAUACUAAGGAUGAACGACUGCUGAUAUUUCGGUCUAGCGAUAAGACAGUUACUGCGCUCCAGAUCAGAGACAAGGCGACUGGUACUAUCAAAGAGCUUGGUAUCGGAAAGGCCAAGGUGGUGCUAGCUGCUGGAACUAUUGGUACUGCAUCCAUCGCCUUGAACAGUGGCUUGCAGAACUUGAAUGAGAAAGUAGGCAAGGGUCUCAUUGACCACAAUGUCUGCUACGCACGUUUCGCCAAAGAAAAGGACGGUGGCAUCACUCGUAAACCGCUUAAUUUAAAGACCCAUCUCAAGGUCGGUGGAGAAGAGUGUCUUGUCACAGUCACCAUCAACGCCAACUUCUUCCUUGCUGGAAGUUCUGCAAGUAUCAACACGACUCACUUUUACGACAGAAAGGGCAAUCUCCUGGGACCAAAGUCUCCUGCUAAAGAGCAGCAGAACUUUGACACGAUUUGUGUUCUGUUCGAGUUCGUUGGACAACUUGCAGAAGGGAACUCUGUACUCAGUAUUCCUGGUAUGGAUCCAGUGCUUGACAUCAGACGUGAUGCUCUCAAGCAUGAAGUUCAAUGCGCCAUGGAAGAAAUUGUGCGUAAUGUGCGAGAUGCGUUUGUUGACGCCCAGCCCUUCACAUCGCCUACAUCUGGCGGGGAACUCUGUCCCGACCCCGGACUGCGUCCGCAGCAUUUGGGAUUCGGUGUGUUUUCGCACGAGUGCGGAACUAUGCGCAUGGAUGGCCCGACUAAGAAGGAUGGUGUGGUCGACUCUGAUCUGAAGGUCAAGGGACUUGAUAACCUUUGGGUGUGCGAUCUUUCGGUCAUGCCUGUUAGUCCAGAGGCCAACCCAUCUCUGACUCUUGCAGCACUCUCAUUGAGACUUGCUGAGCAUUUGAGCCCUACCCCUCAGUAG